GUGAUUGUCUACGGAGUACCCUCGCUUCAUCUUAUCAUGGCGGAUACCCCAAUGCAGAAUGAACACUCUCGCAGCUCUAUCGAACUGUCUGUUCGCGGAAAGUCAGGAAGUGUAGUUCAAUCUGGUGUUAAUGAGGCCGAUGUCGACUCUGAACACAGCAACGAUGGCUGGUUCGACAACGUAGCUCAAUGGAUCUUUCAUAACGACCAUCUCGAUCGAGUACUUGAAAAGCAUCACAUAACAAGCAUCGCAAUCUCGGGAACCAUCGGCAUCGGACUAUUCAUCACGUCUGGCGAGCUUAUUGCCGUGUCGGGCUCUGCUGGUUGUGUUUUAGGCUACGCUAUUGCAAGCCUAAUCGUCGUCGGUGUCUAUCGCUGUCUAGCAGAGCUCGUCAGUGUGAGGCCGCUAUCAGGAGCCCUCAUUGACUAUCCUCAUACCUUUGUUGAUCCUGCCUUGGGUUUUGCAGUAGCUGUCACCUACUGCCUCGCUCAAUGUCUGAGUAUGGCUGCCCUCACCUCGGGAGCAGCACGGGUCGCCGACAAUUUUGGUCCCUCUGGAAGCCCACCCCUUGACAAAGGCAAGAAGACUGGUAUCGUGAUUGGACUCGUCACUCUUACCCUCUUCUCAAACAUCUGCGGAGUCAAGACCUACGGCCGGAUUGAGCGAAUUGUCAAGUGGUUUAAGAUACUACUCAUCCUACUGUUGUGCAUCUUAAUGAUAGUCAUUAACCUUGGAGUCGGAGGAGCGAGAAUGAAGCCUACGGUCGGCAACUAUAGCUCCGAAUAUGCGUUCACGCCCUAUUUCAAUCCGGCAGGCUUCAACGACACAACCGCUCAUACUCCCCCAACUGGUAAUACUGAGGGCAUUCCUGGAGGGGGCGGACGCUUUCUGGCAGUCUGGACAUCCGUGACUGUCGGCAUGUUUGCGUGCAUGGGUGGUGACAUCGUCGUGGUGACUGCAGGAGAGGCCCGCAGACCUCGAAAAGAUUUGCCUACUGCGACGCGAUUCAUGUACUGGGUCCCAUUGGGACUUUACUUCAUCACGUCCCUUCUCGUAGGAUUCAACAUCAACUAUACCGAUCGUGAUCUCUUCCGGAUGUAUUCCCUCGAGAACACGAACACUUCCCAUUCGCCGUUCAUCAUUGUUGUCAAGUCGACAGCGAUCAAAGCCCUACCGGACGUUUUAAAUGCUUGCUUUUUGGUAUCUGGCUACACUGCUGCCAAUACCGCACUUUAUGUAUCGAGUCGUACCCUCUUUGCAACGGCGCAACUCUACGGCAAUACGUUCAUUAAAUCCACGCUCGGCAGGACUAACAACGGUCAUACACCCAUUGCAGCCAUCGUCUUCUGCUCGUCCUUCGGCUUCCUAGCAUUACUGGGACUGGCAGACACUUCCUACAACCAGCCCAUCCUAACUUUAUCUGCAUUCUUCACCGGAGCCGUCGCCUGCGUCUACGCCAGCCAAUGCAUCGCCUUCCUCCGUUUCAAAGCAGGGCUUGACCUCCUCCACGAACGCCAAGUCUACUCCCGAGACCGCCCACCCUACACGACAAAGCACUAUCGCGCCCACUGGCAGCCCUGGUGGGCAUACGUCGGCCUUAUAGGCUCCUGCCUGAUCGUCUUCUUCUCCGGGUGGCCUGCAAUCUACAUCCUGAAUUCUCGCCACCACCUGACCGCGGACAAGCAACUGAAAACCAAUGUCCAGCUUGCAGCAGAUUUGAUUGGAGCUUAUGCGGGCCCUCUUGUAUUCUUGACCCUGUAUCUCGGAUGGAAGUUCUGGCAUGGAACGACGGUCCGACCCAUUACUGCCCUUGGCGUGCCAGUGUACGUCUUGCAAGAGACCUUCCCGGGUGAUGAGGAACCCGAUGCGAGCGGCCGUCUCCCAGACGCGGAGAACCUGCGGAGAAGAGGCGCCGCGAGAGGAGUGCCGGGUCAGCCUGGUCCUUAUGCACAGCGUGAGCCUACUGUCCAGCGGAUGAAGUGGUGGCUGCGGGAGGCCUGGGGCUUGAUGAAGUAGGAUUCCGCGCGGGCGAUGAUUGAUGAAGCUUUUUGUACAUAUGAUUAUGUUGACUUGCGACGUAUAAAAACUCGUUUCUUGAUUCAGUCUCGU